AAAUGGUAGUGUAAUUGCCAUUCUCAGAUCUCUUGCUUGUACACACCUUUUUUCAGCUAAUCUCGCCAUAAACCGACCUUCUUCCUUCUCCUUCAAUGGCCGCCCAAACUGCCUCUUAUAAUUUUUCUUCUUCUCGGACCCUUAAACGGAAACACGAUGUCUACCUCAGUUUCAGAGGUGUAGACACUUGCACGAAUUUUGUCGACCAUUUACGUACUGCUUUGGAUCAGAAAGAUAUUUGCGCAUUUAGGGAGGAAGACUUUAACCAGGGACAAAGCAUCUCGGUAGAAAGCUUGGAAGCAAUUGAAGGAUCAAAAUGUGUAGUUGUCAUUUUUUCAAGAAAUUACGGCCAUUCGACAUGGUGCUUAGACGAGCUUACGAAGAUUGUAGAAUGUAAAGAGAAGGGACAGAUGAUACUCCCAGUCUUUUAUGAUGUUGAUCCAUCGGACGUACGCAAACAAACAGCAAGUUUCCAGGAGGCUUUCGAUGUGCAUGAACGACGCUUUGGAGACGUUCCAGACAAGGUGCCAAGGUGGAGAGCUGCACUUACUGAAGUAGCUAAUGUCGCCGGAUGGGAUUUGCGAGAUGGAAAAAACUGUGGGUCAAAUCUCAGACUUUAUUUUCUUAAUAUCUAG